GACAAGGUUCCUGAUGGUGAGGACAAGGUUCCUGAUGGUGAGGACAAGGUUCCUGACUGUGAGGACAAGGUUCCUGAUGGGGAGGACAAGGUUCCUGAUGGUGAGGACAAGGUUCCUGAUGAGUAGGACAAGGUUGUUGAUGGUGAGGACAAGGUUCGUGAUGGUGAGGACAAGGUUCCUGAUGGUGAGGACAAGGUUCCUGAUGGCGAGGACAAGGUUCCCGAUGAGUAGGACAAGGUUCUUGAUGGUGAGGACAAGGUUCCUGAUGGUGAGGACAAGGUUCCUGACUGUGAGGACAAGGUUCCUGAUGGGGAGGACAAGGUUCCUGAUGGUGAGGACAAGGUUCCUGAUGAGUAGGACAAGGUUGUUGAUGGUGAGGACAAGGUUCGUGAUGGUGAGGACAAGGUUCCCGAUGAGUAGGACAAGGUUGUUGAUGGUGAGGAAAAGGUUCGUGAUGGUGAGGACAAGGUUCCUGAUGGUGAGGACAAGGUUCCUGAUGGUGAGGACAAGGUUCCUGACUGUGAGGACAAGGUUCCUGAUGGGGAGGACAAGGUUCCUGAUGGUGAGGACAAGGUUCCUGAUGAGUAGGACAAGGUUGUUGAUGGUGAGGACAAGGUUCGUGAUGGUGAGGACAAGGUUCCUGAUGGUGAGGACAAGGUUCCUGAUGGCGAGGACAAGGUUCCCGAUGAGUAGGACAAGGUUCUUGAUGGUGAGGACAAGGUUUCUGAUGGUGAGGACAAGGUUCCUGAUGGUGAAAACAAGGAUCCUGACGGUGAGAACAAGGUUCCUGACGGUCAGGACAAGGUUCCUGACGGUGAGGACAAGGUUCCUGAUGGUGAGGACAAGGUUCCUGAUGGUGAGGACAAGGUUCUUGAGGGUGAGAACAAGGUUCCAGACGGAGAGGACAAGGUUCCUGACGGUCAGCACAAGGUUCCUGAUGGUGAGGAGAAGGUUCCUGAUGGGGAGGACAAGGUUCCUGAUGGUGAGGACAAGGUUCCUGACGGUGAGAACAAGGUUCCUGACGGUGACGACAAGGUUCCUGACGGUGAGGACAAGGUUCCUGAUGGUGAGCACAAGGUUCCUGAUGGUGAGGACAAGGUUCCUGAGGGUAAGGACAAGGUUCCCGAUGAGUAG